GAUGUGUUUGGGUCUGUCCCGUGUCCCCGCCGCUCACCCACAGCCUUGUCCUCGCAGACAGAAGCAGUGAACCAUCACACAGUCUCUCCGCUCCACCGAUCCCAGGCUGGUGCGUCCCGUUGCGCACACUUCAAAAGCGCGCUCCGAAUUCCUCCCAAACCUCAGAACGGCUGGUGGGAAAGAGUGCUACAACACUUUACGAGUCACUAUGAUUCCUGUGUGGAUGACAAAGGAUCGGUGACAGGAAGACUCGGGGGAGUUCAGGUACAGCAGGAGCAAGGACGAGUCUUGGCUUCCCCCUCCUCCCGCGAGCAGUUUGCGCUAGGUGAGACAGCAGAGGAUCCCUGGCUGGAUGGUCGACCAUACAAGCUCCAUGGAUUUCUUCACCUAGCUGCCAUCACUUAUUAUGUUACCAUUUACUUUUUGAGCUCUCUUUAGUAGCUCCCCCCUCUUAACUUCCCUCCCAAACUUCAGUCAGUGGAUCAUUCUGAGAGCGACAGGAUGGGCUCGCAGACCGGGGCAGCUCGGCAGAAACAGACGCUCCUGUGGUUCAUUGUAGCGGUGUCUCAGUUUGCGUCGGCACCAGGGUGUGAGCCGGACUAUGAAUUCACUAUUGAGGAGUUUUGCCUGGCCAAUUUCACUCGGGACAUGAAAAAGCUGGACCAGAGACACUGGUGUAGCUGGGAGGACACAGUCGAACUCUACGGCAAGCUGUCAAACUGCACGUUGCUGGUGGCGCAUCAGAUGAAUUGCUUCUGGCCCAACAGGCUAGUGGAUGAGUUCUUCAUCCGAGUCCACAAGCAGUACUUCCACGACUGCUCGCUGUCUGGACGGCUUCUCAAGGACCCACCAAAUCGCAUCCUGGGUCCCUUUAUUGCAAUACCAGUCCUGGUCACCCUCCUUAUGACAGCCCUGGUGGUGUGGCGGAGCAAACGCAGCGAGGGGAUUGUGUAGAGAGGGGAAGGGAGGGUGCCACGGAAAUAAAUUCUUUGGUUUACAGAGCAAAGAGAAGCACCAUGAAACCACUAUUACCUACUACAGAAACACAGGAAUGAAACACAGUGCUGAACAUUUCCAGGAGACCCACUAUCACCAGGUUAUAAAAGAAAAUUACUCCAACAACUGUUAGGAAACCCAGGUAUUUCAGAUUGUAUGAGUAUAUACCUAUACUGUAAAUAUACACAGUAUGUACAUUAUGAGCUGUACCUGUCAGUGGACUGUCAGAAUGUCUUUGUAACACAAUCAAGACAACAAACCAGAGUAAAGGAAAUGGUUUCUCUCAAAUUUUGCAAAUUUGCAAUGCAAAUUUUGCGUUUCCAUGCAAAGAUAUGUGAUUUUAACAGAUGUGCAUUAGUGAACUACAUACUCUGAAUGGUGCAUUUGGCUUAGUGAGAAUAUAAUCUGUAUGUGUUUAGUUUUCCUUUCCUUUAAUCUGCUCAUAUCAGACACUCUUGCCUCAAUUCCUCAGCAUACCUGCAGCUCAUUCUCUCCUCUGAAUGGGAAACAAAGACAUGUUUCCAUGGCAUAAUGCAAACUGAACAGCUGGAGAAAUGCAGCAGAUAAUGGUGUCACAUACAGCUACGCAGAAGAGGUGAGAUACAGCACGGCACAGAAAGGACGGUCACUGGGCAGGGGUUAAGGCCUCAAUUUGGACGGGCUGUGAUGAUGUUGUGUUAUGCAGCUUCCAUCCUCCAUCACCAAGGAAACAAAAAGGAAGAAAUGCCAGCGGAUACAAAGGUGGAAGUGGCUGAAAGUAAAGACUUUAAAGGCCAGCAUACACAGGCAGUAGUUUGGAGAUGUCAUUCAGUUAAGUAACCAAAAAAAUCUCCAAAUGUGUAUGAUUUUGCUCCCUCUGAAACAUCUGCUACCCAUGAUGGUUAUCAUACAGAAAUAUUUUAUCCUGACAAUAACCAUAUGAUUGCAUUCAAUUUAGGCACGUACGUGAAAAUGUUGCAAGAAUGAAAAAGAGAACAAAGAGUAGAAAAUCACUGUGGAAAAAUCCCAAAUCUAACUACAAAGAGAACAUAAAGUAAAGAAUUAGCCAACGCACAUGCUGAAUAUUGCCUAAAGCACACUUUGUGUAUCAUAGGUUUAAAUUGAUUUAUGAUCUCCAAAUGCGGUAGAGUGUGCUGUGUGAACUGGUUCCUCAGUGAUAUUUUUGAAUGCUUUCUUUCCUUUAUACAUUUAUUGACCUGUAGCCCGUCUGUCAGCAAAACACACUUUAAAGCACACCCACACUUCCUGAACAUGAUCUUACUCUGUACUUUGUGCCAAAAGCUCUUGGAAAAAAGCGGGCAACAUUUUGCUAUGAAAUGUCUAAUUUUCUGUUAGAGUGACUUCUUAUGACGGAAUUAUAAAAUCUAUAAUCAUGAAGAUGAGUUGAAUAAAAUGUCUGAUUAAUGUGUCUGAUAUGCUGGGGAUUGGCACUUUGAUUUUUAAUGAGUGGAGAUAGAUGGUACAAAAGGCUUAAGGUUAUUGUAAUUUACAAAUGAAUCAAGAAUCCUACCAUAAUGGAUGUAUGGCUUAGUACUGCACAACAUUGAGUCAUAAUGAAAUCACUGGGUUCAAGCUCCCGUGUCAAUUGCUGAAGUGUGAACAAUAUGAAAGGAAAAGUUAUGUUUAGUAAUGUAUAAAGAAAACAAAGGCCUCCUGCUUUUAUGUCACAACGAUUUGUGACCUGCAGGAAUUAUUGACAUAUGUAAUUAAAUAUUUUCUCUCUC